AUGGUUUCUAACUCUUCUACUCCAGUUGGCAGGCUCACGAUCCUGGUUGAAAGAACCUACGUUGUCUUGUAUCCAGAUCGAUAUCUUCAAGCAACACCGGAAUUAGAACAAAAACGACGAAAGCUCAGCAUGGAAUUCGAAAUUUAUCGUCGAACUAUUAUCAAAACUGUCGGUGAAGUACGAGAGAUGGAGAUCGUUCUAAAUCGUACAGCAAAACUGUACAUGGAAGCGUUAAAAGAACGCAAACAGAUGAUAAACCAAUGGAUGCAAAGUGUCAACAUUCUGCGCCAGAGAGACAACAAUAUACAGAAUGGUCUAAGGGAAAUCGAAACGUUGCGAGAGAUCAGUAGGGAGAAAAAGAAAAAUCUCGAAGAAGUAGAACAAUUUUUAAAGGAUCAAAUUGUAAAUAACAAAGAAAUAGAGCAGUUGAUUAAAUACUCGGAGAAGAAACUUACUGCAGUCCAAGAAAAACAACGCAAAAUCGUGAAAACAAUUGACAUCUACGCUAUUGAGCUUCACACCCAGAAGAAGUUAGUGGCAGAUUUGGCACGUCGCGUACAACAAAUCCGAGCUAAUGCAAGGCGUAAAACAAUCGGGAUUGAGAAUAAACAAAUAAAGGUGGACGAUUGCAAGAAGCAAAUCAAUGAUUUAAUGUUGACUUUCGAAGAGAUUGAGAAUCAAAAAUUAAAUGUCGAAGAAAAAACAAAGUAUUUGGAAAAAAUGAUUGAG